CAAGAUUCAACGAAACCGACAAAAUUACAACGCCACAGACCACAGUCGACCGCGCGGGGCUGACGCGGCGGACGCCUUUACUCGUUACAUUAUAAAAAAGUUUACGUUCCGAAUUCAAACUUUUAAAUUCAAACUAUGCAAUAAUACGUUAUGUGAAUUUUAAACAUUUGUGCCAUAAUAGUGAUGUUAUUUGUGUAAAAAUGGGUGUUCUCUUAUUUUUGUUUGUUGUGACGAUAGUUCUGCCGUGUGUUUUUGGUCAACAAGAUUGUUUUGGAGCUGGCAGUGUCGCAGGAGCAGCGAUUGGUGCAUUCUUAGCGGCAAUAUUGCUUCUCGUUGCGGUGUAUUACUUCAGAAAAUUGUAUUGGAAAUCUCGCAAAGGCAAGCACCUAGUAUUCACAACCGACCCCGAAUCAGUGAAGGAUGAAUUCGCGUUCGACAACCCUGGCUUCCGGCAGGACGAGAGGAACUGGCAGAGUGAGGCGCCAACCCUGCCGCUUGGCGGGAAGACCCAUGGAUUGCAUGUGGAGUUCACUAAACCAGAGCAGAGCAAGGAUGACUCUUACUUACAGCGGGCCCGCACUCGCAAAGUGAAAUUAUGGGCGCGGGAUUUCACAGGACUCGGUUUGACGUGCGGCGGGGGCGCCAAAGAUGGCGUCUGCGUACAAUCUGUGUUACGCAGUGGUCCAGCCGCUGCAGCUAAAUUACAGCCAGGUGACAAAAUAAAGAGUAUAAAGAUAGAAUUCUCCGGCACACCCUUGGAAGACGCAGUGGCCAUCCUAUCGCUAGCCUCCCCCUACCCCGUGGAGCUGGAGGUGGUGGAGGGGGGGCGGGUGAGCGGCGAGGGCUGGGGGGUGCACCACCCCGUGAUGAAGAGGGCGGGAUCCACUGGCGAUGUCAGUACGCUGGAAAAAGAAGGAAAACUGUUGCACCCUCCGUUAUCGCCAAACACAUCACAUUCCAAUAAUUCAACGCUCGAAACGAAACACAGCAAGGGCGGCAUAAAGAAAAUUAUCACAGAGAAAAUCAUUACCUCAACUACACUUGAACGCAACAAGAAAGAGAAAAAAGAUCCGCCCACAACGUUAGAGCGAGAGAACGAAAAGAACCUUAAACUUGCGAAUAAAGCGAGACUUUCAGAUGUUCCAAUAUUCAAUAAACCCGAAAGGCAAAAGAACGGACACUCUACCAGCGGUGAAAUACAAAUCAUACAACCAGAAAAUGGAAUAGGACACAAUAUAGAACAUGCUGAAGUUCAAAAGCGAGAGAGUGAUCCAAAAAGAGCAAUGAAAUUCGGUAUUCGAGUUCUCCCACCAAAUGUACCUGAUGACGGUGUACUUAAACAAAAAAGCGUUGAAAAUGGCAAUGUUGUACUCGAAAAGAAAGCUGUCGAUGAACCGGACAAACCUGAACCGCAAAGACCAGCUCCCACCGCACAGAUUAAACACGAAAAUGAAAUAGAACAAAAGAAACCCGUUGUUGCGAAGCGACGUGAAAAAAUGGCGCCUCCCAUACCAAACGCACGAGUAAAGGCGAAUGAGAGUGAUACAAGUAUCAGUCAAGAUACGACUAGAGUUACGGAUAUCUCACAGUCGUCGUCUUUCACUAGAACCGAUUUAAAUUCUAGUGGUAUUAAAAGAGACGAGAACGGCAUACCUCAAGAGUUACCUCAGCACAUGUUCGACGCGGCUAAAGCUGCUAGAAGUAAUAGAAAGAGUUCGACGGAGCUAAUUCAAGAGAAAGAACCGAAGAAGGAAGAAGCACCAAAACCAGCCAAAAAAUCUAAAGGCAAAGCGCCCUCUCCACCAGCCGUAGAUAAAAUCAAAAGUGAUGAAAAUAUGUUAGAACAGUUGCAGAAUGUUAAAGAUUUCUUGAAAAAUGAGAAACACCAUUCUAGCCUCCUAUUUGAUACCUCGGUAAACUCAAGCAAAUCUACGAUUUCUUACAACACUUCUACCCCCAAAGUUAAUAAGACAAAGCGUCUGGAAGAAUCUAUUAAUUUCAGUCAAGAUGAUAUAGAUGAUAUUGUAUCUAAGCCGUUUAAAAGAGAAAGUGAUUCUUUGAAUAACUUCUUUGAAGAUUCAAAAUCGAAUCUUUCGUCGAAUCAAGAUGUACAUUCCGUUGUGUCUCUGAAUAAUAGCGACAGAAGUGAAAAGGGAUCCACUACUAUUGAGCUUAAUAACAGUGAUAUAACAAUUCACAGUUCACCCAUGAACGAAACUGUUCGUUCCGGUUCUGAUGAUACCUCCAUGUUGGAUGAUAACGAAAGGAAAGCAGCGUCUUUAGGCGAUCUAUCUAGAUUCGACUUAAGAGUUAAAACUACUAAAACCAGCACAGGCACUCUAGAAAGAGCACAAAGCCUAGAUAUAUCCGCUGAUGAUGUUGAGAUACAAGAAACUACGCUAUCACCUAAAAAACGUAAAGCCAUGUCUGUGGUAGAAACAACUUUCUUCGAUUCAGGAACAGAAGAUAUGUUACCAGAAAUGAUUGAUCCGGAGAAAGGCGUAUUAAUGAAACAAAAAGAACCCCGUUUAAGCCUCAACAUUGCAAAGACAUCUGCUAUAGAAGGCCUAAACACGUUCCAGAGAAAUCGUCUGAAGAAAGCUUCAGAGUUCGGUAACUUAGAGGAUGCAAUCGUUAAAGGUUCUUCAAGUUCAAUAGAAUCAGAAAAACAUGGCUCCCAAGAAAUACACGUUAGGAAAUCGCAAAGCAGCGUAGAUACUACUCAAGACAGCGAGCAUGAGACAUCUGAUCAUUUAGCGAGAAGAAUAAUGGAUGAGAAUAUGCGAGUGCACUUAAAGCUAGUGUCUGAGUUUGCUAAAUCCACGUCAGAUGGAAGUAACGCUAGCUCUAUGGAUGGCACACAAGAGCCUUCAACAACAACUACUUCUACCACUACAGUAACAGAAACCAAACUGUCACCUAUCAAAUACGAAGAAAAGAUUACAAUGAGCUACGAUACAAACAUUCCAGAUGACAUGAAAGUGUCUCGCAAUUCUUAUGUCAAUAGUUUAGAAAGACCAAAAUCUGACAUGAUGAAAAAACUACUCGCUAAAAACCCAAUUUUUAAUGUACACCUCGAUCAAGGGUUGCAGAAGCACGAAGCUACAACAAGCAAGGAAACACCUACUCCAAUGACAGAUUCAUUGAAAUCUGCAAUGCACCAACCGGACAUUGUUAAUUUUGAUCUUAAAACCUCUGAAGGCAAUACGAAAGAGUAUGAUGAAUUUGUAAGCAACAUAAGAGUUGGUUCAAAUAACAACACCCUCAAUUUCAAACGGAAAUCUCAAGAAAUGGUCACCUCAGAAUGGACUGACAGUAAAGACCACCAAGAUGUUCAAACAAGUAACAUUGUAACAAUAACAACCAAUGAAAAAUCUGCACCCACUGAAAGGAGAACAUCUUACACUAAAUCCAUUGAAAUUGGCGAACCAAGUAUAAGACUUAUUCCAGAUUUGGUUGAAGGCAUAAAGAGAACUGAGGAAAAAGAAAGUAGAACGUUAUACAUGGAACCUGCCAAUGUCUCUUUAACUAUGCAACAGGAACCUGUUCAGAAAACCGUGACAGUGAACGUAACAGAAGACGAAUAUGGAAACAAAGUGAUCACACAAAACGUUGAAAAAAUAUCCACAAAAUAUCUUACCACUAAAACAGAAGCUCCUUUACAAGUAGAACAAAUCACAUUUGGUAUUAUGAAAGGCAGUGGAAACAUCGACGAAAUAGAAUUAGAAGAAGGAAACGUGAAAGACAUUGAUAAAAGAGUUCUAGAAGAAAUAAAGAGGCAGAAUCCGAACAUACAUUUUACAACUGAGGAGCCAUCGUACACGAGAACAGAAACUAUUAUCCUGAACACAUCUGACAUGGAUGAAUACGAAGCGAAAAAGCUAAUGGAACGACUACAAAAUGAUCCUAGUUUUAUGGCACAAAAAUCACCCGAAGAACUAUCCCGUCUCGGAAUAAAGAUCAUUCACGAUAUGGAAGAUACAAAAACGGCAAAAGAAGAUGUCGUUGAAGUUACAAAAACAAGAUAUGCUAUUAACACUUCAGCUUUAGAAUCGGGAAAGCAAUGCAAAUUAGAGUCAAAGGACAGGGACCAAGAGGAGCAUAUUACAGAAAUUCAAGUGGUUACACCUCGUACAGAGAAAGCAGCAAGCCAAAAAACCGAAAUUAAUGCAGAAAAAGUAUCGAGUAGACAGAGAGCGCCUCCAACUAUAACGAGCUAUCAAGAACCUCUGCUAUCCUACGAAUUGGAUGUUGAAUUGCUAAACGAUUUCAUAUCAAACGAACGCCACCACUCAGCGAAACAACAGAUCGACAUAAAGAAACGAACGAAAACGAGUCAAAGCGGAACGGAGCCAAAGAAACGCCAUUCAGAUUUCGAUUUGCCAAGGAACAGUCACAUCAAAUUCCGUACAGCCACUUACGAAUCUCCAAAAGGCACUAUUGUUACAAGUACAGACCUGGAGAACAGACGUCUCUCGCAAUUAGACCAAAUGCAACUCCGAGCUCCGAGCGAGCCGGUAAGCCAAAAGCCAGCUAUUUCAGCUAAACCGAGCAACAUACCCGUCAAAGCGUCAGAUAAAAAACCAUUAGCCGGUUUGGUUUCUUCGAAAAUACCCGUAUUUUCCACACAAAAAUCGUUGAGUCAAGAGAAUCUUACUGAUAAACAUUUCUCGUUACCUGGCUCUACGCCAUUAACUUUGAGUAGCAGUUCUGGCAACAUUUCAGUAACGUCAAUCAAAAGCAGUUCAAGAAGUCCAAGCGGCGGUCGAUUGUAACUCUAAGAAUAUUAAGAUCUUGUACAAUAAAUUGAUUGGCAUUAUUAAGGUAUAUGUACCUUUAGUUUAUUCCAUUAGUGCCAGAAGUUAAUUACCAAUGGUAAUCUAUGUCUUCUAAGCGAAAAUGUGCCUUAUUAUCUUAAUGAUUCGACGUCAUUUCUAUUGAAUGAACAUUUAGUUCGGUUGUGAGAUAUAAUUAUAAAUCGUAGUUCGUACAAUUUGUCACAAGUUUAACAAAAAAAUAUCACAAACAUUCCGUCCGAAAAGUAUUACCAUUAAAACAUAAUAAUGUAAGAUCUAGAGUUUAAUAUUAACCUUAAUUUUAAUAUUUUUUUAAAGUUUUAAUUAACUUUAAUGUCUUCCAAAUGGCAAUGGCAACGUUGACUUACAAAUGAUAAAUAUCUACAUAUUGUUAUUUUGCAUUUUGCGAAUUUUUAAAUGUACUUAAUUUUAUAUUUAAGGCGUAUCUUGAACUUUUAUUUUCAUUAGUUUUUUGUAGGUAUUAUGUGAUCACGUUUGUUGAAUUAAAGUUUUUAUAUAAAGUUAUUAUGUUCAAUGUAAUUUCGCGCAGUUAAUAAUUAAUCACAAUUAUACAAAUC